UUAAAAGCACUUUGUACCAAAUCAUAAAAACCAGUUGUUCAUCGCCCCCCAGUCAGGCUUCACUGCUCUCACUCUCACUCUCACUCUCCUUCCACUAUCUUCCCCAGCCUCUUUCUGGGAGCACUGUUUGCUUAUCCAACCAAUCUUGCUUGUUAAUUUUCAGAUAGAUACAUUCGUAACGCGGUUCCAUUCGAAUCGCUUUCAAAAAAAGAUUGUGUUAUUUCAACAAAAUUUCAUUUUUCGCCGGCGAAUCGGCUAUGGAUUCCUUCAUUACAUAUGCUUGAAAAGGUCUGUGUACGCAUCUAUCUAUAUUGCUUUAUGUUUUUUAUCCUUUGAUACUCUUUCUGUUCAAAUUGGUUUCUAGGGUUAUAAUUUUGCGAAGGCCAGACGUAUUUUCUUUCAUUCCUUUCUGGCACAAGGGUUUUGGGUAUAAUUGAUGAAGAAAUCGACAUAGCAGGAUUACUAAUUUCUUGAUUAUAUAAUUGUUGAAACAAGUACAGAAUUGAUAUAGCCUGUUCGUCGGCCUAUAGAAAAUAAGAACAGAUAAAAAGCGAUGACAGAAGUCGAUCACUUGUUAGCAAAGAAAGUAGCUGACCGGUACCUGAAGCGUGAGGUUCUUGGAGAAGGUACCUAUGGUGUCGUCUACAAAGCUAUUGAUACUAAGACAGGACAAACUGUUGCAAUAAAGAAAAUCCGCCUUGGGAAGCAAAAGGAAGGGGUGAAUUUUACUGCUCUUAGAGAAAUUAAAUUACUGAAAGAGCUCAAGGAUCCAAAUAUAAUAGAGCUGAUUGAUGCUUUUCCUCAUAAAGGGAACUUGCAUCUUGUUUUUGAGUUUAUGGAGACUGACCUUGAAGCUGUAAUUCGGGAUAGGAACAUCGUUCUUUCGCCCACUGAUAUAAAGUCAUACCUUCAAAUGACGUUGAAAGGACUUGCCUUCUGCCACAAAAAAUGGGUUUUGCAUAGGGAUAUGAAACCAAAUAAUCUCUUGAUAGGACCUCGUGGACAACUUAAACUUGCAGAUUUUGGUCUUGCACGCAUAUUUGGUAGUCCGGAUAGAAGGUUUACUCACCAGGAGAGCAGUAUUAUCUGGUUUUUGCUCGAUGGUAUAGAGCACCUGAACUGUUAUUUGGUGCAAAGCAGUAUGGUCCUGGGGUUGAUGUUUGGGCAGCAGCUUGUAUAUUUGCUGAGCUCCUUCUCCGGCGCCCUUUUUUGCAGCAGUGACAUCGAUCAAUUAGGCAAAAUUUUUGCUGCAUUUGGGACUCCAAAACCUUCUCAAUGGCCAGAUAUGAUUUAUCUCCCUGAUUAUGUUGAAUACCAGUUCGUUCCUGGACAGCCACUUCGGACAUUGUUUCCAAUGGCCAGUGAUGAUGCCUUGGAUCUGCUAUCAAAGAUGUUUGCAUAUGAUCCGAAAGCUAGAAUUUCAGCACAACAGGCAUUAGAACAUAGGUACUUCUCUUCUGGACCUCCACCGACUGAACCAGCUUUGCUUCCACGACCUCCACCAAAAAAGGAGUCUGUAGAUUCAAAGCCCUCAGAUUUCAAUCCACUCGAAGGUCCUACUGUGUUAUCACCUACAAGGAAGUCAAGAAGAGUGAUGCCACACCCUGAAGGAUACGAAGGGAAUUCACGUCAACCAGAAAAGAUUGAUGACCAUGGAAAUGAAAGAAGUGGACCUGCACCAAUGUCACUCGAUUUUUCAGUCUUCGCAGCAAGGCCUCCAGCUAGACCAACAAUUAACAGUGCUGACAGAACCCAUCUGAAGAGAAAACUAGACCUUGAAUUCCAAAUCCCUGAAGAAGAUUGAUGGAAUCUGAUUAUCAUUCAAUAAAAGGUGCAGAGGAUGAGACAUGUAAGUCAUAACUUAAUCUUUGAUGCAUAUAUAUCUCAAGGGAGUAGUAACUAAAUAUGAGGAGGAUUCAACAUGUAUACUAACCACCUUCAUACAUAAUCAUGUUCUAUUGGAACCAUGUUCCAACUAUUGAGGGUAAUUUUUUUUUAACACACAAACUAUGUGGUAGCAGAGGGGUUGAGGUUGCAUGAUUAAUUUGUAUUGUUUUACAUAUUCUGUUUUACAGUAUCACUUAUGUUAAAGGCUUGCCUUAUUUCUGUUGAUUUUUGAGUUUUGAAUGAAAAGAGGAUCUUG